CGAGCAGUUGGAGGGGCCGGCGGGCGCCGGGAACCGGGCUGGCUGGGCGGCUGGCCUGCGAGCUCCGGCCAGCGCCCGGUGACAGCAUGCGGAUUGGAAGCGCGCUCGGCUCUGUCACCUGUGGGUGACAGCCGACGUCCAAACGCGAGAGCCACGUUUCGGGGAGACCUGCUGACGAGGUUCUCCACACGCCUUUGCGGCGGCGCCGCACAGGCAGAGGAAGACCGGGAGGGCAGGGGAGGAGAGCAGCCGGCUUAACAUGCGAGGGGACAAGAGGAGUUUUGAUUUCAGCGUAGCAUGGAGUCGCGAGCGAAUGAAUGGGUCCAAGAGGCCCAUUCUUAUCUGAAAACUCACCCGACAGAACAUUCAUGUUUUAUAGCACCCCUUCCCACGACCCGUCAGUUGCCCUCUUAGCUGUCAGAAUUUUAAUGUGUGCCCUUCAGUAGCAUCGACUGACUCCUCGGGUCCACUCCUUGCCCUAAUUAAAAUUUGCCUUUCAAGUUUGCCUUUGCUGACUCAAAGGAAAAGGCAGGCAGUCCUUCAACCAGAUUUUCUGGUGCUGUUUUCACAACUGUAGGCCUUUGACUUAAUUGUCUACCUGCGUCCUUCCCACCUGCAGUUGUGCCUUCUUUUUUCAGGCGCUCUUCGUGUUUUGUCAUAUGUGUGCCUGUUUUUUGAGACAGUCUCAGUCGGUGUGUAACUCUGGCUGGCCAGGAACUUUCUAACCGCCAGCUUUGCCGUAGCAGUGCUGGGUUUAAAGGAGUGUGCCGUCGUGCCCAGGCUCUGGUACUGUGAUGUAUUAACGUAGGAAGUUUUUCUUGAGGACCCACUAUGUACUGACAGUCUGCUGUAGGCAUAGAAAUACUGCCCAGAAUCAGUUCUUUCUCCUCAAGUUCCAGAUUGCAAAGAGAAAAACAGCAUGUUUAGAUUGUAGAUUUGAAAAGCAAUUUACUGCAUGCAGUAGAGAAACAGCCGGGUUUAUCUUGUUCUCUAGAUUGUAAUUUUGUGUCAGUGAGCCAUCCAUGAAGUGCCAACAUGGGAAAGAAACGAACAAAGGGGAAAAAUGUUCCAGCUAAGGCUUCCUCAGAAUCUCCAGAAACAAUGUGCAGACACCUUAGAAAAGGGUUGGAACAAGGUAAUUUGAAGAAAGCUUUAGUGAAUGUGGAGUGGAAUAUCUGCCAAGACUGUAAGACUGACAAUAAAGUGAAAGAUGAGCCCGAGGAAGAAGCGGAAGACCCUUCAGUUUGGCUGUGUCUUAAAUGUGGCCACCAGGGCUGUGGCAGAGAUUCUCAGGAGCAGCAUGCCUUGAAGCACUACUCGACACCAAGAUCUGAGCCUCACUAUCUGGUGCUUAGUUUGGACAACUGGAGCGUCUGGUGUUACAAGUGCGACGAGGAAGUCAAAUACUGUAGUUCAAACCGGCUGGGCCAAGUGGUCGAUUUUGUUAGAAAACAAGCUGGCACUACAACUCGAAAACCAGCAGAGAAAGAUAAUGGACACAUUGAACUUGAAAAUAAAAAGUUGGAAAAAGAGAGUAAAAAUGAACAAGAGCGAGAAAAAUCUGAAAACAUGGCUAAAGAAAAUAUUCCCAUGGACUCUGCUUCCCAGAUAACCAUGAAAGGACUCAGUAAUUUGGGAAAUACUUGUUUCUUCAAUGCUGUUAUGCAGAAUUUGUCCCAAACACCAGUGCUUAGAGAACUACUAAAAGAAGUGAAAAUGUCUGGAACAAUUGUGAAAAUAGAGCCACCCGACUUGGCACUUACGGAACCUUUAGAAGUAAACCUUGAGCCUCCAGGACCUCUGACUUUAGCUAUGAGCCAGUUUCUUAAUGAGAUGCAAGAGAACAGAAGGCGAAUUGUAACGCCUAAGGAGCUCUUUUCUCAGGUCUGUAAAAAAGCAACACGGUUUUCAGGGUACCAGCAACAAGACAGCCAGGAGCUUCUUCGCUACCUACUGGAUGGCAUGAGAGCGGAAGAACACCAAAGAGUGAGUAAAGGAAUUCUUAAAGCAUUUGGUAAUUCUACUGAAAAAUUGGAUGAAGAUGUAAAAAAUAAAGUUAAAGACUAUGAAAAGAAAAAGACAAUCCCAAGUUUUGUGGACCGCAUCUUUGGUGGCGAACUGACUAGUACAAUCAUGUGUGACGAAUGCAGGACUGUCUCCUUGGUGCAUGAAUCUUUCCUUGAUUUGUCUCUCCCAGUUUUAGAUGAUCAGAGUGGUAAGAAAAACACAAAUGAUAAGAAUGUUAAAAAGACAAUGGAGGAAAAAGAUAAAGACAGUGAGGAAGAGAAAGAUGACAGCUACAUGAAAACAAGAAGUGAUAUGCCUUCAGGAACCAGCAAGCACAUACAGAAAAAAGCAAAGAAGCAAGCCAAAAAGCAAGCCAAGAACCAACGAAGGCAACAAAAAAUUCAAGAGAAAGUUCUUCACUUAAAUGAUAUCUGUACCACUGACCACACUGAAGACAAUGAACACGAAGCCGAAAUGUCACUUCCGGGAGAAGCGGAAGUGGAUAUUGAGUCCAACCAUGGUUCUCAAGAGGAGGUUUUACAUACAGAACUUUAUGUUAAUGAGAAAGAUUUCAAUGGCCAAGAGAAAAUGAUAGAAAGUACAACUGACAGUCAAAAUUGUCCAGAGGCACUAGGUGUGAAAAAUGUCAACACUGAGUGUGAUCUGGGGAUUUUGGCAUCUGCUACUGAAUGUAGUAGGGUUUUAAAUGAUUCCUUUCUAGAGGAAAGGACCAAUGGAGAACUUGACAUUACCAGUGGUUUAAAAAACCUUAAUUUGAAUGCUGCUAUUCAUCCCGAUGAAAUAAAUAUAGAGAUUCUGAAUGACAGUCAUUCUUCUGUGACAAAGGUGUAUGAGGUCAUGAAUGAGGACCCAGAAACUGCCUUCUGCACCCUUGCCAACCGGGAAGCUUUCAGUGCUGAUGAGUGUUCAAUCCAGCAUUUCUUGUAUCAGUUCACCCGUAAUGAGAAGCUUCAAGAUGCAAAUAAACUGCUUUGUGAAGUAUGUACAAGACGGCAGGGUCGUGGACCAAAGACAAAUAUAAAAGCAUCUCUCGUUUCUGCAGGUGAGAGGAAACAUGUUUACACCAAUGCGAAGAAACAGAUGCUGGUUUCCCUUGCUCCUCCAGUCCUCACUCUCCAUCUGAAGAGAUUUCAGCAGGCUGGUUUUAACCUACGCAAAGUUAACAAACACAUAAAGUUCCCGGAAAUCUUAGAUUUGGCUCCUUUUUGUACUCUUAAAUGUAAGAAUGUUGCUGAAGAAAGUACAAGAGUACUGUAUUCCUUAUAUGGAGUUGUUGAACACAGUGGUACUAUGAGGUCAGGGCAUUACACUGCCUACACCAAGGCAAGAACUGCAAGUAGUCGUCUUUCUAAUCUUGUUCUCCAUGGUGACAUUCCACAAGACCGUGAAAUGGAAUCGACUAAAGGGCAGUGGUUUCACAUCAGCGACACACUUGUGCAAGCUGUGCCUAUAGCCAAAGUACUAAACUCACAAGCCUAUCUCCUAUUUUAUGAGAGAAUACUGUAGUAACUAAAGUGCUUUCUCUGAAAUACAUCUAUGGCUUUUAUAUUGGCUACAUAAUAUAAAGAUAACAAUAAAAAGUUAAACUAUAAA